AUGCAGUUGCCAGUUUAUUCGGAAGAUUAUCCUCGAACAUACAAAUUCAUCGAAGACCAGCCAUUAUUCUUACAAAAUCAAAUAUCAGCAAUAAGAAAGAUUGUUACACAAGAAUACGACGCUCGUUUUGAAGGAGUUGAUAAGACUGCAAAGAAAGCGAUGAAGACAAUGCCAUUAAAUAAAGCCUUUCAAGAAGAGUGGAGUAUCAUACCAAAAGCAGCAGCUAUUACUAUAGGUGGAUUAGCGGUUUUAUACACUGGUGUCGGCUUACUUUCUAUGGCUGCUUUCUGCUACCCAAACGAAACUGUUGCUAUUGUUCGUACUGGUGUCACGCACUCAAGAAUUUACUGGCAGAAUUUUAAGGAUGAGCGCUGUAAUACGAUUGUGACGACAACUAUUUCUGAAUCCAAACUGUAUUUUCUUAAUUUCAAUGUGACAUAA